UCUACAUUUAUCAGCGAAACUAGAGAAGAGAGUACAACGUUGCACAGAACAGUGAAAGAGAGCAGAUGAAACUUCAUCGUCUAUCCAGAAAUCCUGCAAAUCUCAUCACGAAAUUGGAAUUUCGUUCAAGGGUAUCUCCCAUAAAAUACCAGGGUAUUUCCCGUUUGAAGCAAUGGGAUAGAACAUUUAUGUCGGAAUUUCUCGACAGAAGGUGGGCGUUGACGAGUCCAGAUACAAAAAUUCACCGAGUAAAGCUAAAUAUUGAUGAGCUUCAACAACAGACUGAAGAAAAUGAAACAUGUGGAUAUUCUUUUUUAAAUGAUACUAGACCAUCUUUGGGUUAUGAUAUGAUGAAGGAAAGACAAGGCCCGUCGUUUUAUGUUGUGCGAGAUGAUUUGUUGCAUCCCCUUGUGAAUGGUAACAAAGCGAGAAAGUUGGAUGGAUUGCUUCCUCUAAUAGAAGAUUAUCGUGUUACUGAUGUGGUUACCUGUGGAGGUUGUCAAAGUGCACAUGCAGCAGCUGUUGCUGUUUCUUGUGCUGAGAGAGGACUAGCGUCACAUUUACUACUACGUGGAGAACAACCUGAUAUUCCAACAGGCUACAAUCUGAUAACCACGAUGUAUGGAAAUGCCAUAUAUGUUCCAAGAUCUCUGUAUGCUAAAAGGGAAGAGAUGCUCAGUGGGCAUGCUGAUUUUGUGGCAGGAAGCACUGGUUCUGUGAUAUGGUUUAGUGAUAUUCUUAACGAAUCUUUUACCACCAAAAAUUCUAAGGAAGCAAACUCUGUGCCGGUUUAUUCUAAGUGUGUCAUCUCAGGGUCAAAUGCUGAAAAUCGUCAAAGAAAGGUUAUCAUUAUAAAUGAGGGUGCAGGGGAUUUUGCUGGAUUAUUAGGUUUCAUUCGCCUCGUGGAGUACUUGUCUCAAGAUCAUAUAUUUGGGAAAGAACAACCCUUGAAAAUUGUUGUUGAUUGUGGGACUGGAACCACAGCUGUUGGUUUAGGCCUCGGAGCUAUUUGUUUUGGCUUGCCGUGGGAGAUAACUGGAGUGAUGUUGGCUGAUACUAUCGAGGGUUACAGGAAGCAAGAAAAGCGCUUAAUAUCUGAUUUCAAAAGGUUUUGUUGCUCUCAAGAAAUGGAUCAAUCAUUAAGUGGUGCUAAUGACAGCAUUGUGCAUUGGGUAGACAGAACGAAUCCAAGAAAAUUUGGCAAUGUCUUGAAAGGAGAAAUAGAGACAUGCCAGAAAAUUGCUCAGCAAAGCGGUAUUCUGCUGGACCCUGUCUACACCCUGGCAGCUUGGGAACAAGCGAUUCGUCUUUGCAGAAGAGAAGCUUCCUCCUCCAAAGGGGAUGCCAAAGUUUUGAUGCUUCAUACAGGUGGCACUCUUGGGAUGUUUGGUUUAGCUCAAAGGUACAAAUCUUCUUUCUAUACGCUCAAGAAGUAAAUGUGGGCAUCUAGUGACCGACAGUAGAGAGAUAGCAAUUUUAUUAAUUUGGUUUAUUUAUCUCUACCAUUAAUGGUAACAUAUUUGCAUCACACUGCAAGUACUGUAGGAACAACAAAAACAUUGCUGGUACUGAAGUUAAGGCGGAUAUCCUAAUUAUUGAUUAUUAAGCUUAUCGUUACUCGACCUCAAUAAUGGCCAUGAGAUUCUGAACAACAUAACUGAGUGCAGGUUGCUUAGGAUCAUCAAAUUUACUCGUGAGCUACGAUUUCGAUGAAGUACAUGGACAUUUUUUUUUUAAAGUUUUGCAACUGUCUCUUUCAACUACCACUCUGGACUAUAAUUGGUCCUUUUAGCAUACUUAGCUAGCUGAUUAGCUGCUGUAUCACAAGUCCUAUUAGUAAAGACCACUUGAACACCUUGUUAGAUGUUGGCUCGAUUUUUAGGAAACAACUAACUGAUUUCCUAAAUCAGUUUUGACAUGUGUUUAGAAUCCCAUCUAAACAGGGGUUUUCCUAUUCUUAGCGAGUUCAGGUUUCCUAAGUUGAAGUAGGACUUGGUUUCCUGAUCGAACUAAAACUUGGUUUCAUAAUCUACAUCAAUCUUGUCUAAACUCUUAGGUUGUAGGCGUCUAUCUCCUCACAAAGAAGAGAAGUAAUCUCUCCAUGAGAAUUGUGGAAGAAGGGGUGUCGAGUGUCAAUUGUGGAAGUAAUCUCACUGCCGAACCACGUUAAAUCUCCAUGUCUUCUGUGUUCUAUGUGCAUUAGCUUCCGGUGAAUGUUUAGUUUCUGUUUCUGAUGCCAGAUCCCGGAAUGCCUUGAGGAACGGUAUGUACCUCUCGGCACAACACACCUACCAUAUCAUGAACUUAAAGACUGACAUCUGGCAAUGAUGGGUUGAUCUUCUACCGUAGUCACUAAAAAGGCAGGCAUAUAAAAUUAAUGCAUAGCCAGCAAAUUAAGAUACGUAUAAUAGAGAAUUCACUAUGUACGCCAAUUAGUAGGAGAUGGCUGCCAGAUGAUGUGUUCAUUGCUCUGAGUGUUAUUAUGAGAUGAGUUUAUGUGAGAAACAGUCCUAGAUGCAAUCAAGUUAAUAUGGGAAUGACUCAAUGAGUAUGCGAGUGACCAGUAUCUAGAUCGAGAUGGACUAUUAUUUUUAAUGUGGUUGGCAACGCAGAUCAGUUUAUGAAUGUUGUGGUAUUAGGGCGAUGAUUCUCUAAAAGGUGCAUCUGGGUUUCCGAGUCUGCCACAAAGUGAUAGUUGCAAGAUUGAGGUAAUCAUGCUUGAAGGAGAUAAUAACUAAGCUGUUUACAGGAGAAGAACCAGUAUUGCAAAUUGAUGAGGUUGCUUAUACGUUUUAAAGAGAUAGGUGAUACUUCAAACCAAAUAAAUUGAGCAUGACUGCACUCCACCAUCAAUUGCGAAGCCGAUUCUUGGACUCUCCACACAUAGGAUAGUAAGGUCUUCUAUAAGGGAUAUAAAUCUUCCCUGUUUCCUGGUUCAAGUUCAAGUGCCGUAGGUGACGCCAGAAUUUUCUGAGAGAUUUGUUCGACUGCGAGACUGGUUUCUGAGAUACUGUCAGUAACCGUGCCACAUCUGGCGAUCCACCAUAUCAGUUAAUCAGUAUCAUUAGCAUGGUGUUGAGGAGGACAAAGAGAUCCCAUGUGACCAUCAUGUUUUAUGAGGUCUGCAACCGCUAUUGCUGAUUCUUGGUUGUGAAGUUGUUUUGAGUUAAGUUCUGCAGUAACUUGAAGUAUUAUCCGAUUGCCAUGCUACACCUGAUUUGGUUCCCAUCACUUACCUGCCAAAUGUUAUGCUACCGGAGACCUCUUUAAACGCUUUGUCAAGUGCCACCCUUACAGGAGUUAGUCGAUUGAGAUUUGUAGAGAAUUCCUAGAGAUAUUCCAAUUCUCUUGUUAGGCGAUAGAGAGUCUUUAUAAAUCUUGAAUCUGAUUAAGAGAAAAAAUCCCCAAUGCAACCUUAGUAAAUGAUUUUGCAAAGGAUUCUGAUUUUGUAAAUGCUUAGAUUGAAGACAUCGUCCCACAUGAAUCUGAUUAAUGAAAAAGCCCCAAUGCGACCUUGGUAAGAAGUGCUUUGUUGAAUAACCUUGCAUUUCUAAGAAAAGAACUCAUUGGCAUUCAUCGACUUUUUUAUUUCCAAUCAAUAACCGAUUAAUAAAUUCUAGAGCAAGAAUCCGAACUUUUAUCUAUAUGCACAGGUAGGAAAAUUAAUGAUACACAAGCCCGAAUAUCCCCUUCACUAGUGGGAAUUGAAUAUUGCACCCACGACGUGUAUGAAGCUUAAACAUACAACAAAGUCCAACCCCAGCUCCAAGUUGUGGUGCAUCUAUAUUUAUACAGUUCUCAUUCUCCCAACAAUAUUGUUUGUAUUGUAUUGUCGUCAUCAUCAUACAAUGUCAAAUCACAAUAGCAAUCCAGCUUCACAACCAGAUCUUGAUCAACCUGAUGCACCGGGUUUGAAAUUGGCACAAUUUGGAGCAGGAUGUUUCUGGGGUGUAGAACUUGCUUUCCAAAGAGUUGAAGGUGUUGUGAAGACAGAAGUUGGGUAUUCUCAAGGUCAUAUUCCUGACCCAACUUAUAAAUUGGUUUGCACAGGAACUACUAAUCAUUCUGAAGUUGUGAGAAUUCAUUAUGAUCCUAAUCUCUGCCCCUACACCAAUCUCCUCUCUCUCUUUUGGUCUCGUCAUGAUCCUACUACCCUCAAUCGCCAGGGUGGAGAUGUAGGAACACAAUACAGGUCAGGGAUCUAUUACUACGAUGGAGAUCAGGAAAAGUUGGCACGGGAAUCAAUGGAAAUUAAGCAGAAUGAGACGAAGAAUCAUAAGAUAGUUACUGAAAUAUUACCAGCUAAGAAAUUUUACCGAGCUGAAGAAUAUCAUCAGCAAUAUCUUGAAAAAGGUGGAGGAAGAGGUUGCAAACAAUCUGCAAACAAGGGUUGUAAUGAUCCAAUCAGGUGUUAUGGUUAGAUCGACUUACAUACAACUGCUUGUCUGGUUUCAAAAUAAUAAUCCUAAUAUCAUUUGAAUUUUCAUCCCACUUUGUGUAAUUUAUGUUAUUAUUGACAAGAUUA